UCAGUGGAAACGUUUCUGGAAAGCAGAGGAACUUAAAAAGGAUGAUGAAAUAACAAAACUUUCUGACAUUGGCCACAACCUUGAACAUUUGGAUGCUUUAGUUUGUCAACUAUUGAUUGGAGUUUACAUGUAUAGGUACCUGAAGACGAAAAAAGGCGAUGGCGGCGAAAAGGAGAAAAUGGAUUUUUUUGGUUGCAAAACGGAUUUAUACCCAAAUGCACUGUCGAUGUAUUUGAUGAAAAAAGGAAAAUGGAAAAUACCUAAGAACAUUAUAAAAACAUCAUUUAACCAGAAGUCAAUCGAAUACAUUUUUGAAAAGGAAAUGUCAAGUGAUUUCCAAGAGGGCCUUUGGAAGGAUUUGGAAUUGAAGACAAGAUAUGCAUAUACGGCGCCAAAAUGGAAAGGAUAUUCAAAAGACAAAGGAGAUGGAAAAUUGAACGUUAAUACUUCUGGUCUAUUUGGAUUGAUCUUCUUUGCUCUCUUGAAAAGAAGAUGCUACGAAGGUGCCAAGCAGCUUAUAGAGACAGGAUGU